AUGGCAGGACCACCACCACCACCACCACCACCACCGCUACCACCGGGAGGUGCACCGAAUUUAAGUGCACCAACCCCGGGGCCACCUCCUGCUGCAACAAUGUCGCCUGGAAGAGAUGCAUUACUUGGUGACAUCAGAAAGGGAGCAAAGUUAAAGAAAGCAGUUACAAUUGAUAAAUCAAAACCAUUAAUUGAUGGCAACCUGUCCGUGUCUACAGGUGCACCGACACAGAAAUUUCUGGGAGGUGGGAACUCAGCGGCAUCCGGAUCUGCUCCGCCCAUUCCCACUGGAGCCCCUCAAUUGGGGGAUAUAUUCGCAGGGGGAAUGCCAAAAUUAAAGCAUGUAGAUAAUAGAGCAGGGAUCACCCCCCCAUCGGCACCAAAGAUUCCAGGAAGAACUCCAGCACCACCAACAACAAGACCCUCAAGUCUGGCAGCAUCAGGAACAGUUGCGCCUUCAUCACCAGCUCCUCCAAUUCCUACAGGCGUACCACCAGCUCCCAAAGUACCUCCAACGCGGCCAAAGAAACCCAACCAUGUGAAGAACAGCUCAAUAAGUUCAGUGAAUUCAAUAGAAUCUGCCAGCAACCCCCCACCACUACCUGCUGGCCCUCCACCGCUUCCCACCACUGCCCCACCAAUUCCCACCACCUCUAAACCUGCCAGGAAGAAUUUAGCAUCCAGUACAGCUCCACCGGUACCUACACCACCACCACCACCACCAGCUACCUUUGCACCGUCUCCACCACCACCCCCAUCUUCCAAUGGUGCUGCCCCUUCUGCACCUCCAUUACCAUCUGGUGGACUUCCAUUCUUGAGUGAAAUAAAUGCAAAGAGGGACGAGAAGAAUGUGAUUGACGCGACACCGUCCACAAAUGCGCCACCAAAGAUACCAGCUGUUUCAAGUGUACCUCCUCCAUUACCACAAAGCUCAGCACCGAAGGCUCCUCCAUUACCCCAAAGCUCAGCACCGAAGGCUCCUCCAUUACCACAAAGCUCAGCACCGAAGGCUCCACCGGCUCCAACGAGUGUGCCAUCACCGCCACCGCCACCGCCACCGUCAGCACCGCCGCUGUCUUUUGCACCAAAGACUCCCUCUUCAAAGCCUUCAGCAAAACCUACUGCUCCAUCGACUUCAGCAGCACCUGCCUCUGGAGGAGCUUUACCAUUCUUGGCACAAAUAAAUGCAAAAAGAGAUGAUUCAUUUGUGGUGGAUGGAAGUGGGAACUCAUACAGCACAAAAACAGAGGAUUUUACAAACUCCAUUGAAGCUCCUAAAAAAUCUACGCCUGCUGCUCCCCCCGUACCAAACUCUGCCGUUCCGCCCAUACCUGGAAUGUUACCGCCAGAGAGAAAGCAACCACAAGCGCAGCCCCAAUCCGUACAACCAGCGCCACCAAGACCAACCGCGAUUCCACCAACACCGAAAACUCUGUCUGUACAGCAUAAAGUAAAACCACUAGUCCCACCUGCUUCCGAGGAUUUGCCCUCACAUACUGGUAUCAAAAACCAAGAGCUGCAGCCUUCUCCAGCACAGGCUCCUCCAUUACCAACAGGAGGACCACCUCAGCUGCCACCACCUCCACCCUUGACAUCAGCGCCUUCGAUUUCAAAGCAGAAGAAGACUGCACCACCACCACCACCACCGUCAGGAACUGCGCCAUCACCAUCUUCGACAAUUUCCAGAGCCAGGACGUCGUCAUCACAACAAAAUGCCAAUGAUCUUGAUUCAAAACAACAUGCUGGGUCAUCUUUGCGAAAAAUAUCAGCUCUGGCUUACACUAUAAAUGGACAUAGCAGCAGUACGUCGUCGGGACAAAAAGUGGUUAUUGACGACAAGAGGUUCAAAUUUGUCAAUGCUAAUGCAUUGCCAAAUCCUAGAAGAUUUGAAGGAGCCAAGAAGUUUUAUCCUAGUGGAAGAGGAUCUUCAAUCCCAUUGAACUUGAGUUUGUACGAUUAA